AUGGCCAGAAAGUUCUUCGUCGGAGGCAACUGGAAAUGCAACGGAACUGCUGAGGAGGUGAAGAAGAUUGUGAACACUCUUAACGAAGCUCAAGUACCAUCACAGGAUGUUGUAGAGGUUGUGGUUAGCCCUCCAUAUGUUUUUCUUCCUCUGGUUAAGAGCACAUUGAGGCCGGACUUCCAUGUUGCCGCACAAAAUUGUUGGGUUAAGAAAGGAGGUGCUUACACUGGUGAAGUGAGUGCUGAGAUGCUUGUGAACUUGGAUAUCCCAUGGGUUAUCCUUGGUCACUCUGAAAGGAGGGCAAUCCUCAAUGAAACCAACGAGUUCGUCGGAGACAAGGUUGCCUAUGCACUUGCUCAAGGUUUGAAAGUGAUUGCUUGUGUUGGUGAGACUCUUGAGCAACGGGAGGCUGGUUCGACCAUGGAUGUUGUUGCUGCCCAGACUAAAGCUAUUGCUGAUCGGGUAUCAGACUGGACCAAUGUUGUCAUAGCCUAUGAACCAGUGUGGGCUAUUGGAACCGGAAAGGUCGCUAGCCCAGCCCAAGCUCAAGAAGUACAUGAUGAGCUGAGGAAAUGGCUUGCAAAGAACGUCAAUGCUGACGUCGCUGCUACAACCCGCAUCAUUUAUGGAGGAUCCGUCAAUGGUGGUAACUGCAAGGAGCUAGGUGGUCAAGCCGAUGUAGAUGGUUUCUUGGUUGGUGGUGCUUCUCUAAAGCCCGAGUUUAUAGACAUCAUUAAGGCUGCAGAGGUGAAGAAAACCGCGUAA